AUGGAUCAUGCACUUCAUCAUGCUCUGCAGCUUGCUAAUCUGGCCUCAGAUCAAAAGAACAGUGUUGACAUUGUCUUUUCAUAUGACAUUAACUCUCAUGAACUUACAAAGGAUAUAUUGUAUGCAUGGAAGCAGCUCACACAACAUGAAAGCUAUUUUCAUCAUCUGGUGGCAAGCUUACCUGCAGAACAAGUCCAGAGUUGGGAGAAGCUACCUCGGGAGCUGCCUGUGCAAGGCUCCAGGACUGGUGCAGAUAAAGGCUAUGUCAGCCCAUAUUGGCACCACAAGCAGAAAGUAUCAUCUAUGGAUGGCACAAUUGAAACACUCUUGUUAAACCCUUGCAAACUAGUCGCAAUAGGUGCCAAUUCUGAUGAGGCAGCAGAAUUCAUAAGCGAGAGUAUAAACCUUGAGCAACAACAGCAUCAUCUCCAAAUGCUAAUCGAAAAAGAGAAGGCUUAUCCUAACAAGACUGACCAAGAAAUGAUCAAGCACAAGCGUACUUCGCUAGAAAAAUCCAUCAGGCACUGGUUUGAGCUAAGACUCAAGUUCAUGGGCAUAGCAUCCAAGUUUUCCUUACCUGCUGAGAACGAUUCAGAAGAAAUACCUACAAAGUUGACGAAGAAGAAGAAAAAGAAAAAGUUCACACCAAGUAAUGCUGAAGCAUGGCCACUUGUGGCAGACCAGCUGCAAGCACUUGGGUAUGACAAAAGCAAGAACAUUCAUGGCUACAAACCCAAUACAAAGGCUCAGGAAAAAUUAUGCCAAGUGAAAUUUCAACAGAAUCUUGGUAUAGCAGAUUGGAAUGCUCAUCAAAAUGCUCUCCUGGUGAUGGGUACCAUGGACAAUGUCAAUACUCAGAUGAAAGGCCUUUCCAGGCUUAAAAAGGAGGACACAGCCAGGAAAUCUGUGGAUGAAUAUUGCCACCCUGACACAUCAAGGAUUGUUGAUGGCAUGGCAUACACCUGGUUCUGGAAAGCCUCUAUCCAGUCAUCUGCUAAAGGUCUGGCUCUGCAGGGGAUGCACAAACAUAUAUGA